CCCACAUCCCGUCUAGUCGCGUGGGCUUUUUCGCUCUCAUUUCCACGGGCAUGUCAUCACCUCGACUCAGCUCGUCUCGUAUUUGCUCUUAAUUCUUUUUUCCCUUCUUUGAAUUAUCAACCCUUUCGCUCCUUGUCUCAUUUUCGUAUCAUUCUGCCUUAAGCUUCUUUGUAGGGUGGCUGCCUGCGUUAUAUCCCCUGCUCUGCCGUGUAAGAGGGGUUUUUGCAGUUGAAACUGCUCAGUAUCCUACCAUAACAAGAGAUAUUCUCGACCAUCAUACCUCACUAUGCGCGGCCUUGCUCAGGCUGCCAUGGUGCUAGCACCGACGUUGGUGUUGGCUCAUGGACCUCACCAUCCUCCUCCUCCUCCUCCUCCGCCACCUCCUCCCAUGGGAUUUCUCCCCUCAGCUCUCGAUGUCACACCCUCAGCCUUCGUCACAGUCAAGCUCCCCUUGAGCGAAUCCGAAUCCUAUCCUCUGACACUACGAUUUGAUGUGGAGGAAUCAGAAGAAGUCUGUGGUCCCGCCAGCAUCACCCUCAAUGGCGAACCCCUCAAGCAAGACGCCAAGGGUCGCGGUGUCGGAUCUUUCCUCGUCAACAAUGAGACCACUAUUUCAGCAGACUGGGAUUUCGAAUGCAUCGGUCCCAAAGAAUUCCCAUUCGGCCAGUCUAUGCGCUUUAAUGUCAAGGCUCUCGACGACAUGGCUCUUACUCAGGAGUCUUCCUUCUGGAUGACUUUCAAGCAAACCGCACCAGUCCGAAUCUCCGAUGUUGGAAACGCCGCCUAUGUUUGGAGUCUGUCAAUGCCUUUCAGCAAGGACAAGGAGUCCUCCUCUGACGACAAAUCCGCUUCUACAUCACCCCCCAUCUGGGAGUAUCCCGACCGCGAUUUCCAGGAUCCCGAGGAGGAACUUCAGGUUGAGCUUAUGGAACUGAAUGCUUUGCACAAGCAGAUUCUUCAGCUUGAGGAACUGGUGAAGGAGAGGGAGGCAUCUGUUGCUAAGAAGCUGGGCAAGCAGUAUCCUCCCCCACCCCCCUCGACCAUGAAGAAGAUCAAGCAGUGUGAUGGCGUGCAGUGUGUUCUGCACACUGUUGGUGAGGAGGUGCGACACUCGGCCCACAGAUUCUACGAUAGCAUAUUUGGACAUCCCCGACCUCCUCAUGGCCCGCAUGGUCCUCAUCAUGGCCCUCACCAUGGAAACGGUACUCACCGGGGCCCUCAUCCUCCUCAUCAUGGACCUCCUCACCCCCCGCCGCCUCCUCACCAUGGUCACCCUCCCUUCCCCUUCCCUGGAGGUCACCCUCCCCCUCCUAUUUGCGCCCCUUGCGCCUGCGAUCCUCACCAUGGAAACCCUCCUCCCCCUCCUCACCACGGAGACAAGCCUCAUCACGACAGGCCCAAGCAUGGUCACGGUGGUUUCGGCGCUGAGGAUCAUGAGGGCCACCCCCCUCCACCUCCUCCUCACCAUCCCAUCAUUAUCAUCCUUGGAAUCGUGACCAUUGCUCUCGCUCUUUUCUGUGCUAUUGCUAUCGCCUACAUUCACCGCCGUGUAGCGCGUCUCAGCCCCGAGGCUCGUCGUGCUAUCCGCCGGGCAUUCCGCCAAACUCGCGAUGAGCGUCGUAAGAACUCUGCUCUGAAGGCUGCUUACCGUGCCUUUGUUACUCGAUGGAUCGAGAACGAGGAUGAUGAGAAGGAGGUUAUGCUCAGCGGUGAGCGACGCCGACGAUCAUCUUCCUGCAGCAGUGUUACCAUGGAAGAGGAGAUUGCUUCCUUCCGUGAGGCUGCUCAUAUGGUUGAAGGCAUCGUCGCUGCCGAGGAGGGUCACCACAGUCAUGCUCGUUCUUACAGCUACGCUGCCGGUCCUCCUGUUCCUCCCCGUCCCUCGCACCACACUGCUGCCACAGCAUACCCCGGCUUCAUGGAGACGGAUGAAAACCUUCCUGCCUACGACGACGAUGAGCGUGACUCGUCGGUUGUAGCAGAUGGAUGCCGAUACACUCCUGGCAGCUCCGAUUAUAUCCCUUCAAACUCCGGGUCCAAUGCCAGUGAUGUCCUGGGGGAUACCAAGAACUAAAUUAGACUCAAUGACCUUGGGCAUGAAUGAUUUCCUUUGCAUAUUACUAUGAUACACCGGAUUUUCCUUAUUUUGAAUUUAUGCGCAUCAGAUGUGGGAUAUUGGGAAUUGUAUUUACAAACAGCAAACGCUCUCGCUCAAUAGAAGCUAUAGCAAUCUAAUACCACAACUUGAAACAUACAUCUCUAUAAUACGCUCUUGUGCCUGAUCUAUUUUCCUUGUGCUUAUUCACGCAUGCUCGUCUUGUCUAUCAUCCGAAUAUGAACUCUUCGUAAUUUCUCGCAAUUUUCUUGACGCCUUCAUCAAGGUUCCAGCCCUUGACCCUGCAAACAUGUCGGUACAUGUCUUCCAAUGCACUGUCCAUUUGUUUGCCGGCAAUGUGAAGAUCACUCUCCACUAGGAUGCUGUCAUCAGGCAGGGCCCGUAGGACAUCGUCAGUCUUACUCCGGCUAGCAUCAGUGCUUAAAUUGACAGCUGUUGACAAUGAGACAAAGAUACGAGCCGGGAUUGUUCGGUUCAGAUACUGCCUCAAUACUUCGACACUAGCGCUGAAUGAAUGCAGACACAUUCGAGGGGGGUACGGCUUGUCACUGCCGUCGUCGUCGUCGUCGUCUGAGAAGUCCUCGGCACCCGAUGCCACAAGACGGCGCUUUCGUCGUGUUAUAACCUCCCGCUCGUGGCCCUUCCACGUUGCCGCAAGUGUCUCAUACAAGAUGCCGUGAGCUUGCACGCCAUGCACACUGACAGCUCUGCGAGCUUUUGCAGCAAGACGAAGCUGUGCGGCAAGAAUAUCACGCUGGUGCUCUAUUUUCACGCGAUAAGGGCUGAGCUGUCGGCCCUCACGACCCCCUGGUGUGAGUGUUGAAUCUCUCUCGACAUGGUCUGAUGGUUGCCACGGUUCUGGGAGACGAAAAGCCUUAUCAAGGCCGAUCUCACCAACAAGAGCGCAAGAGCUAGUGGAUAGACGGGAUUCAGUUGCAUUGAGAAAUGAGCUUAUAGCGAUAGGGGAAGGAAGAGAAGCAACAAAGUCUGGUGAAGGCACUGGCUGUAGAACGGCAUUAUAAUGUGCUUGUUUGGCGGCAUUGUCGGUCUCGGAGCCGGAGAUGGACUGAAAUGUCGGAGUGUCGGCCGAGUCGUCGUAGAGUAGAUGAGAAAACCAUGGAUGCCAGCCAAAGGAGGGAAUAGCACAGGUAUCUGUUGCUUCGGAUUUUCCUUGCAAGAGUGAUUUAAGAUCCGGGUUGGAAUGGUUGCUAGCGACAUCUGUAACGAGGUCCUGGUCCUGGGCACGUGUUGCCAUGAUGGUCAAAGCUGCUGCACGCAUAGAGGGUAUAUCAGUUACCGAAGCCAUUGUAUCUGUUGGAUGGCAGUGGGCGUCGCAUAUUGGCAGAUGCCAGGGGAAUGGGGGCUGGUCCCCUGCAGGUUCUGGCUUGGACUGCUGAGGUUCAUCAUAGUUAUGGGUGUGUUGACACAUGUUGGUGUUGAUGGUCUGAUAAUGGUAGAGCCAAAGUGGUGUCGAGAUAGCGGGGUUUAGUUAGCACUGCAGACGAAGUUUCCGUCGAAAGAAGCACGUAUGAGAUUGAUACCCUCAAUGGCCAACGUAUCGAAGGCUUGGGGCUAUGAAAGACAAGUUUGGGUGAUGUCAGCGGGGGAAGCUGAUGUGGAUCAUGAUACGGGGUCAGGCAUUAUCGAGGCUCCAAGUGGGGUUAAGUUAUGAUGAGAUCGGUCGAUACAGUACGA